AUGAUGCAAAAUGAGACUGAUUCUAAAGCUUUAAUGAAAUUAUUUCGAUUAAUAGCUAAUUUAUUGACUGUGCAAGAUAUAGGAAACGAUUUAUGUUCAAAAAAAACAAUGUAUUACUAAGAUUUAUUAAAAAAGUCAAAACUUGUUUUGUAGAAAUAUAAUAACUUUAGUUAAAAUAAAGAAAUGAUUGAAUGUGUUUUAUGUUGUUUGGCUAAUGUGACUUUUUAUGAUAAAUUAGUUAUUGUUUAGAAUGAUUUUGAGUUUAAGAAUUUAAAAAACGAUAUUUUGGCUAUUAUUUCUGGGUUUAUAAUGUAAACAGAAUAAGAAGAUAUUUGUUGCGAAGCUUUGAGAAUUUUAAGUAAUUUAAGUAGAUGUAAAGAAUUAAUCAAAUAAAUUAUUAAAUAUAAAAUUAUUGAUGCUUUGGUUAUUUUACUUGAAUCAAAUUAGAAAGAAAUUGUAUAUUAUGCUAUUGGAAGUUUAAUUAAUUUAACCAAUAAUGAUGAUAUAAAGAGAUAAAUGGAUAAUUAAGUUAUGGAAAGCCUUUUGUAAAUUGUCUAAGAUUGUAAUAUAGAUGAUAAUGAUUUAAUUUCUGUGUCUUUAAAGUGUAUAGGAAACAUAAUGGAAAACAAUAAUAAACUUUAGUAAGAUUUUACUUAAAGAAUCGAAAAUAUUCUAAUGUAAUAUGGGGAAUAAUGUGAUACUGCUAUCUCGAAAUCAUAUAGAUAAGAAGAAACUAAUGAAAUUACAUAAGUUUUUGAAUUGAGAAAUUUAAUUAAUUAGAUACUUAAUAAUAUGCCUGAGGAGAUGUAUAUUUGUUUAGUUCCAAAAAACAUGAGCAAAUUAAACAAUCAAGAAAUUCAAAAUUUAGAUUUAUACAUCGACCAACUUUACGAAGGCAAACAAAUAGGCGAGUAAGAAGUAAAAUUUUUAUGUGAAAAAGCCCAAGAAAUCCUCCGUUUAGAAUCCAAUGUACAACCAGUAAAAAGUCCAAUUACAAUAUGCGGUGAUAUACAUGGAUAAUUUCACGAUUUAAUGGAAUUAUUUAAGAUAGGAGGUAAAAUUCCUGACACAAACUACCUUUUUUUAGGCGAUUAUGUAGAUAGAGGUUAUUAUUCAGUCGAAUGUGUAUCUUUAUUAACCGCUUUAAAAGUAAGAUAUAAAGAUAGAAUUACUCUCUUGAGAGGAAAUCAUGAAUCAAGAUAAAUUACUUAAGUAUAUGGGUUUUAUGAUGAAUGCUUAAGAAAAUACGGAAAUGCGAAUGUUUGGAAAUACUUCACUGAUCUCUUUGAUUUUUUACCAUUAACAGCAUUAGUUGAAGGGCAAAUUUUCGGAUUGCAUGGAGGACUAUCUCCUAAUAUAAAAUCUUUAGAUGAAAUUCGAUAAUUAGAUAGAGUUUAGGAAAUUCCACAUGAAGGCAUUUUUUUAUAAAAUAAAUAUAUAUAAGACCUAUGUGUGAUCUUUUAUGGAGUGAUCCUGAUAGUAGAAGUGGGUUUAAUUAAAGUCCUAGGGGAGCAGGAUUUACUUUUGGAUAAGAUAUCACAUUAACUUGUUAUGGAAGGCUAUGAAUAAACUCAUGAUAAGAAAGUUGUAACUCUUUUUUCAGCACCGAAUUAUUGCUAUAGAUGUGGAAAUUAGGCAGCUAUAAUUGAAGUUGAUGAAAAUAUGAAUAUGACUUAUUUAUAAUUUGAUCCAGCUCCUAGAAGAGGGGAAGUACAUAUAACUAAGAAAACACCAGAUUAUUUUUUAUGA